UCGUAUUCCUCAGGCUCUCUCUUUCUCUCACACUCUUCUCCGUCUUCUAAUUCUCCCUCCAAAACAAACCUCGGAAGAAGAAAAUUGGAGCGAAGGAGCAAUAAACAUGGCGUCAGCGACCUCUUCCGACGGAAUUGCCGGAAGGAUUCAAAACGCGUCGCUGGUCCUUGUAUCUGAUAACAAUUCCACGCUUGCCGAUAUCCGCAAAGCUGUUACAGUGAUGAAGAACAUUGCUGUUCAAUUGGAGAAAGAAAAUCAAACUGAUAAGGUUAAAGAUCUUGAAAAUUCCGUGGCUGAGCUAUUGGACUUAUAUAGUGACUGUAAUCACCGUUCUUCAGCAAUUCAGUCUGUUGCUAAUGGGUACCAACCUGGGGAACAGUUAACGAAUUUCCAAAAGUUGCUUGAUGAUGAAUUCACAAAGCUCAAGGCUGCACCUUCUUCAGUGCCACAAAAUGAACAUUUGAUGCGCCAGUUCAGGGAGGCAGUUUGGAAUGUUCAUCACGCAGGUGAACCUAUGCCUGGUGACGACGAAGAGGACAUUGUCAUGACCAGUACUCAGUGCCCUCUCCUAAAUAUGACUUGCCCCUUGAGCGGGAAGCCUGUCACUGAACUAGCAGAUCCAGUUCGCAGUGUGGAUUGCAGGCACGUCUAUGAGAAAGCUGCAAUCCUGCAGUACAUAGUCAAAAAUCCAAAUUGUCCUGUUGCAGGAUGCCGAGGUAAACUGCAGAAUAGCAACAAAGUGUUUUGUGAUGCAACGUUGAAGUUCGAAAUCGAGGAGAUGCGCUCGUUGAACAAACAAUCUAAUAGAGCCGAGGUGAUUGAAGACUUCACAGAAGAUGUCAAUAAAGAUUAGAGAUUAAAGCAUCUCUUAGACUGGGUUUUAGCCGCUGCAAUUAAAACAUCACAACUUUUGCUCUUCUUAGUCCAUUCGGUAUUUAUUGUAUCCAACGUGAAUUCAGCUACUAAAUUGUUUCCACUUUUGGAUGUAAAUAUCUCUGAAUUCAACUGCUCGUUUUGCCCAAGUAUAUAUGUUCAUCUCCUGUGGGCUAGUCUUGAAGUUCAGAAUUUUCAAUUUAUAAACCAUUAUUUGGUCUA